AUGGGGACUGUGGCUGGAAGCAUAGACGAAGCCAGGCCUCUCACCUUUGUGGAGCACUCCCUCCGCAGUUCAGGAAGUCAAAGCCGCAAUGAAGCAUUUGACGUCAGCUGUGUGAGGAGCAAGAAGUGCCCCUUGGUUGCAAACUUCAGCACAAUGACGCCCGCCACCGCCCAAGCAACGUCAGCAUCCCCUGAGCUUUCACAGGAGGCCACCGCUGCCCUGCGCACCUCCCUGCGCGGCAAUGUCCUGACAGUGGACGAUGGCGCAGCAUUCCAAAAGGCGGGGGAAGUGUGGAACAAGAUGUACCAGGACCGUGCGCCACGUGUCAUUGUGCAGCCGCUGGGGAACACUGACGUCGUCAAAGCGCUCAAGUUUGCGGAGGACCAUUCGUUGGACGUGGCCGUCAAAGGCGGGGGGCACAGCGCACUGGGCCAUGGUCUCAUCGACGGGGGGCUGGUAAUCGACAUGUCGCUCAUGCGUGGUGUGGUUGUAGACCCUGUUACAAAGACGGCGGUCAUUCAGGGCGGCGCGACUCUGGGCGACAUCGACGAGGAGAUGGGCGUUUACGAUCUGAUGUUCCCCUUGGGGCACUACCGGCGCACGGGCAUGGGGCUCAUUCUGGGGGGAGGGCUCGGGGUGGCCGCGCGCAAGUUCGGCGUGGCCUCCGAGCACCUGACGUCAGUCACGCUGGUCACCGCGGAAGGCGAGGUGGUCACGUGCAGCCGUGACGUGGAGGAGGACCUCUUCUGGGCGUGCCACGGCGCCGCCCCCAACUUCGGUGUCGUCACCAGCGUCACCGUGCGUCUGCAUGACGUCGGCCCCUACUACGGCGGCCUAAUGCUGCUGCCAGGAGCACACUACCAUGAGGUGGCCCGUUUCCUCUCCCAGAUGACGUACGCGCAAACGCAGGACAGCAUGACGGGGCCGCUGGACGGCAUGCCGCCGGUGCACGUCUACUGGGUCUCCAACAAGCUGCAGGGCCUCCCCACCGACGACUUCAUCCAGACUUACGACGAGCUCUUCUCUGGGGCCCCGCCCGAGCUGGCGCCGUCGAUGCUCAUUCUCGACCUCCAGGGGGGGGAGGGCUUCGAGAAGCCGGCUUAUGGCCCGCUGUACCUUAGCAAGCCCACCAUGGCGUCAUGGUACGCCAUCAUCUGCUGGACUGACGUCAGCGACAGGGAGAAAGGCAUAGCGUAUGCGAAAAAGAUCAAGGAAACGCUGGCCCCGUUCUCGACCGCCCAGGAGUAUGCCAACAUGUGCUCCGCCGAGGGCACUCAGAGCGCCGAGAUGGUGGGUGGGGAGGAGAGCCUCCAACGCCUGAGGUCCGUGAAGCAGAAGUGGGACCCUACCAACAAGUUUAGGAGCAAUCACAACAUCUCGAUAUAGUGGAAAACGAGAGACCCAAGCCCGGAAAGAAGUGUCAUGCCUAAAGGGUGGCUUACUCUGUUUUCGUCUAGUUGAAAGAGAGCUUUGUACCUCAGUGAGCGGCCGUUCACUCGAGCAGAUUCUCUAAUCUGCUUCGGAAUCGUCGACUGCAGAGAUUGAUAGGAUAUGAGUCAUACGCUUGGCUGAGCAAUUUUGCGAUAGCAGGCUGACCGCGGCUGAUAAAAACGACCAUAUAUGUAACCAUAGACGAAGGCUUGUGCUUGAAUCGAAAGUUGCCGAUGACCUAAAACAGCGGGGGUUUCUAAGGCGUUUUGAUUGAGCUUAUAGAAUGAGGCCGGGACUGGUUUUCAAACAUUACAGACAAAAGCCUGAGGUUGAGCUACGUGUUCGAAGAUAGUGCGGGAAAAUUUGCGGCUAGUCAUAUAGCUUUGACACGGAAAACGAGGAGUAACAGGGAGAAUCUAGACCUACUGGUCGAUACAUCACAGACGUCGUUUCAACUCCAUCUUCCCCGUUACUAACGCUAUGCAAGGGUUCCGUUUCACAUUGUUCCUGGCAUGGAAUCUUUUAAAACCAUGUUUCAGAACAACACGAAGGUCGGCCAUUCACCGAUGCGCCGAUGGACAUGCAUAAAUAUCUCUAUUACGCCGAG